CUCCUUGCUCUUCGUUGGGUAAGGUUGGUGUACUGAUCUGUCUACUGCCAUCCCUUCGGGCAGCGAUCUGAACCCCUUGCUGAGAAAGAAACCACAUUUCGCGUACCUGUUUCAACAUGCGAGUGCCACUUCUCCCCGUGCUGGUGUUAGUCUCCUUGGCCGCCAUGGCUGUGCUACAGGAAUGUGAAGCGAGGACAUUUUUCUGUGACGGAUUCAAUGUUAGCAUCAAUACCAACAAACUUUCGUACGGAGGUGCCCGUAGCGCCUGUUCGGAACAGAACAUAGGGCUUCUUAGAAUCAAAGAACAUAACUUGCUGAAAAAAUCCCGGUGCUACAAGAAAGUAAUAGACAGACUUGUCAGGCGGGGACUACAACAUAUAUGGCUUUACAAUAGACAGGGAAAAGGUUCUCUUGAUAUCAAGAUGUCCAGGAUCACUGAGCAGCCGGACGAUACGCCCAGACCAUUCAUAUGUGCAAGAGAUUGGGAUGAGUGCAGCACUGAUCCAUGUCCUCAAGGAGAAAUCUGUGUCAAUGGCAAAGGGACUUACAAGUGUGAAGAUCGAAAUGAGUGUGAGGACUCGCCAGAUGUUUGCGAUCCAGGUUUCAAUUGUACAAACACCAUUGGAAGUUACAUGUGUCGUGCACCGGUAUAUUCCAAGAUAUGUGCCGAGGUGAAUUUCACCAUCAGGCUUGAGCAAACUGGAUAUGGAGAUGCGGUCAACCAGUUUAGGUGUGUACUCGUGAGACGCAAAGAACAUGACUCUUUGAAGAAGAAUCACCGGUGCUAUAGGGAACUAUUAGGAGACCUCCAGGGAAAGAUUGCCGCAAUCUGGUUGUCCGGGAAAACCCUCAUCAAUCUCAAAAGUGGUAAUGCAAGUGAAGGGCAAAACCAAAAGGCCCAGGGUGCCGGUAUCUGCCGUUCAAAACAGCAGGUUUGCCACCCAAAUCCAUGUGGGAUUAACGCAAAAUGCAGACAAGGACGGGCAAUCGGUGCUCUUCAUCGCUGUGAGAGAUCACACUGCGGCGCGAUUGAGAUAUCCAACGGUUCACUAGCAAGGACGAAAGUAGAUAUAUCCGCCGAACCCAUCCCAUCCGUCGAACCCAUCUGCGAAGAUGGAUUCAGUGCAUUAGGAGAAAAGGCUACUUGCGGUAUAAAUGGCUGGUCGUACAAUGAAUUCAUAUGUACAUCAAGAACACAGUGCGAAGCAAAACGAAUUGGCAGCGGGUCAUUAGCAGAGACGCCUGUUAAUCAUGAUGCCGAAGUAACGUGUAACAACGGCUCCUACAAGGCAUAUGACGCUAAGGCCACUUGCACCAAGCCUGGCUGGUCCUACUCCGAGCCCUUAUGUCCACCAGAUAACCCUAUUGUAUGUAACUGGUACAAUGUAAGCAUCCAUUCGGACCCAGCGCUAUACGCAGAUGCAAUUAGUGAGUGUGAACGCCGCGAUGCAACGCUAUUAACGCAACAAUCCUAUGAUGCAUUGAAACAGUCCCAGUGCUCCAAGUAUAUCAUGUCUGGGCUAAAAAUUCACAAUUUGGCAACCACCUGGUUAAAGACAUCACCUUCGACCGGUGUUGUUUUCACACUGGAAUCUGAAAGCGUUAGCACAGGCCAAUCUGCUAGCACCUUUUUUUGUGCUAAAGAUCGAAAUGAAUGUGAGGACUCACCAGAGGUUUGUGAUCCAAGUUUCACGUGUGAAAACACCGUUGGAAGUUACAUAUGUCGCCGGCGUAAGUGCCUCGGCCAGGCUGUGCGGAAUGGUGGAUUUGUGAAUAGCACGUUUGUAAACCAUGAAAUUCAGGUUUCGUGUAACGCCGGUCAUAGAACCAAAUACAAGGCUAGGUGCACGGAAAACGGAUGGAAAGCAACGAACGUCGCUUUAGGGAUAUCAUAUAGUUUCGAGCAGUUUCCGGUAUGUAAACGUGCAUCGUUUCUGCUCUUGUGCCAAGGAAAGAAUGUACCUCAUGGUCGGAUCAAUAGCGUGCCACGGUUCACCUACUUUACUCCUGUGUGUGACAAUGGAUAUCUUCCCCGCCGUCGACAUUACAAAUGCGGCUCGUUAACAUCUAAUCCUCCCAACCACUGGGUACAAUAUCCGGGAGAUGGCUGUGCCUCAAUGUUGAAAUGCCCAGGAAGUGGCAUUCAAUACGUACUCUACAAUAGCGGUGCUAAUCCGUUGCAAACCUAUAACAAUCACCUUGUAAACUGCGGAGCAAAUGUAGAAAGUCGUUUGCCAACCUCCGCUGAUUUGCCCUGUAUCAAGUUUGUGCUCAACACGCACAGGGAGAAAUUCCCCGAGCAUAACUUAACGACUUUGUUCUUUUAUGCUAAUGGAGCAGCUAACACCAUGACCAUGAGUUCCAAUGGAGAAUUAAGUACAUCUCGACUAUCACAGGCACAGCGGAACCAAGUAUUUCCCGGAGCUACGGCUGCCAUGUGCAUACCAGCCUGCCAACAGUCGCGAGAGAACGGGCAACGCUCAAGGGUUUGAUUCAAGUCAAGUAGCUCGCCGUACAGUUUGAAUUUGCAGUGGCCAGGAUGAAUGAUUACAUCUACAUCCCACAGCUGACCACAUUGCUCUGCUUAUUUGUUAUGUAAUCGAGCAUACUCUUUGAAGCAUUAGCACACACCUGCAUUUUGUUAUUUGGUUACUUGAAUAAUUCAUGGCACUCCUUCUGAACAGAUCGCCACGGAUACAAUCGUGGAAAUUCAAUUUUGUUCUAUUCGGUGUGUACUCCAUGGGCAGCGGCAAAUCUUUACAGGCUUGUUUUUCUGGUGAAUUUAUUGAUAUCAGAAAUCAAUAGCACCACGGUUUUAAUGGACGUUGGCUGGAAUUUCCAGACAAGAGAAGGGACAU